UGCCCCACUGGGCAUGAGGACAGAGCUGGAGGCUGGGGUCUGUGGGUUCUCCAAACAGCACCCCAACAUGGAUGGGCAGCAUUCGGAAAAGCCACACAGCCUCACCGUGGCUGAUAGGACGCCAUCGGUCAUGUCCCAGAACCCCAGGUCAGCCCAGCACCAGGCUGGGACAUGUGGGAACUCAGAAGGAGACGCCCGAUGCCCUGCUUCCCACAGAAUCUUCUCCCAUGUCUCCAGACCCACGAAGGACCUAUCUUGCAUGAAGUUACCUCAGGACCCUGCCCACAGGGACAGACAAGCACACCCCACCACCAUCCUGCUCUGCAAGUCACAGAGCAGCCAGGCUGCUCUUGUGCCCAAGGAGCACAAGAUGUUCAUGAAGGAAGCCUACAAUGCAGCCAUUUGCUUCAAGAUGCUCCGGGACCUGAAUAGUUCAGACCCCUUCCGCCUGAAGUACAUCAUCAAGAAGAUCAAGAACAUGGCUUAUGGAACCCCCAACCUGGUGCUGGAAACCAUCCAUGACUACUUUGUAGACAACCCCAAGGCUGAGAGGGGAGGGAGGAAGGUGGACCAACAUGUAAUCUUCUCCCAUGUCUCCAGACCCACGAAGGACCUAUCUUGCAUGAAGUUACCUCAGGACCCUGCCCACAGGGACAGACAAGCACACCCCACCACCAUCCUGCUCUGCAAGUCACAGAGCAGCCAGGCUGCUCUUGUGCCCAAGGAGCACAAGAUGUUCAUGAAGGAAGCCUACAAUGCAGCCAUUUGCUUCAAGAUGCUCCGGGACCUGAAUAGUUCAGACCCCUUCCGCCUGAAGUACAUCAUCAAGAAGAUCAAGAACAUGGCUUAUGGAACCCCCAACCUGGUGCUGGAAACCAUCCAUGAUUACUUUGUAGACAACCCCAAGGCUGAGAGGGGAGGGAGGAAGGUGGACCAACAUGUGUGA